AUGGCGAAACGACUUACCGAGGAGGAAAAGGCGAGGAGAGAUCAGGAGAAGCAGCAGAAGCAGGCGGAGAAGGCAGCGCAGGCAGCGAAGAAGAAGGAAGAGGGUGCUGCCAAGGGUAAGCAGGGCGCAGCUCGGGGGCGCCGAAAGCAACCAAAGACACCCGAGAUAGUGCCUUCAGAUGACGACGAUGGUGGGUUAAGCGACAUCGUUAUCGUUGGGACCUCUGGAGGCAAGCGCCGGGCCACACGUCAGGGCACUUCACGUGCGGCGAAGAAGGCCAAGACUGCGGAGCAAGGAGACGAUGCAGGAAACACCGGCGAGGGCCAGGGUGAUGAAGGGUUAGGGGAGCAGAUGGACGUUGACCGUGAAAAGACCAUCGAGGCGCCUACCAGUACCAAAGGGGGAAGCAUCCAGGGCUCUGAAAAGGGUAAGAAGGCUACCAAGAAAAAGACUGUGACGGUUGACGAAGAGGAACAAAGUAUGACCCUCGAGCAACGGGUAUGCAUUGGAUAG